GCUUAUACAAAAUGGGCUACUCCAAUAACAUCUCACUUCUUAUAUUUGUUAUGUCCACCGCAAUUCUACAUUUUUCCCAAGCCCAAAACUCGCCACAAGACUAUGUUGAUGCUCAUAAUCGAGCUCGGGCACAGGUUGGUGUGGGGCCCAUGACGUGGGAUAGUCGUGUGGCUAGCUUUGCACAAAACUAUGCGAAUCAAAGACAAGGUGAUUGUCAACUGAUACACUCGCAAAACAGACCCUAUGGUGAGAAUCUUGCCGGUGGGUCAGGGUUUGAGCUCACGGGUGUGGGUGCGGUGAACUUGUGGGUUGGAGAGAAGGCCGACUACGAUUACAAUUCAAACACUUGCGCUCCGGGGAAGGUGUGUGGGCAUUAUACCCAGGUUGUUUGGCGCAAAUCGGUUCGCCUUGGUUGUGCUAGGGUAAAAUGCAAUAAUGGAGCAUGGUUCGUGACAUGCAACUAUGAUCCCCCAGGCAACUAUGUUGGGGAGAAACCUUAUUGAAGUUGAAGAUUCGUGCCAAAAUACAUAUAAGUUUUAAUGCAUGAUGAAUGAAUGUAAUGAAUAAAUCGCAUCUGAAAUAUACUUUUCAAAUGCUUUGU